CGCCGCCGCCGUCGCCGCCGCUGACCGAGUGUCCGCGAUGAAGGUCUCCACGGCGCUGCUGCUGUUGUGUCUGGUCGCCGCGUGUGUCAGCUCUGCUGUAGCGGCUCGAUCCUGGAGGAGGUUCCGCUGUCGGGCUCCGCGAGUGGCGAACGGCAUAGCGCGCCUGCGCUCCCGCGGCCGAGCCGUGCGCUACCGCUGCCGGCCCGGCUACCGGCUCUACGGCGCCAAGUUCAACAUCUGCGAGGCGCGUCGCUGGCGAGAACCCCAUUCGGUCUGCACCAAGCGGGGCUGCAGCUCUCCAAGAGCAGUGCCCCACGGCGGUUGGACGCCGCUGAUGAACAACAGGGUCGUCCUCUUCUCCUGCGAGCCGGGCUUCAGCUUGCGGGGACACAGCGUCAUGUACUGCGACGGCCAGGGCUGGAACGGCACGGAGCCAACCUGCACAGCGGACGCGGUGCCGGCCAGCCGCCUGGCGUGCGACUUCGAGACGGAGGACCUAUGCGACUGGACGCACGACACCAGGGCCGAGUUCCAGUGGACGCGCCACUCGGGCCGUACGCCGUCCGUCGACAUGUCCACCGGGCCGUCCAACGACCACACGCUGGGCGAGGGACGCGACGGUCACUUCAUGUUCAUCGAGGCGUCGGACCCGCGCGUGGAGAACGACACUGCCCGUCUCUUCUCGCCGGUGCUCGCGGCCGUCCAGAGCGUGGACGCCUGCUUCUCUUUCUGGUACCACAUGUGGGGUGUCACGCUCGGCUCCCUGCGCGUGUACGUGCUGCCCGUGGAUCAGUCGCUGGACCAGCUGGCUGGACCAGCCUGGGAGACGUCGCACAAUGCCGGCGAUCAGUGGCUGCGCCAAGUGCUGCCGCUGCCGCAACAGAGCUCCAACUUCCAGAUUGUGAUCGAGGGUGUACGCGGAGAGAGCUACAUGAGUGACUCCGCCAUCGACGACGUAGCCCUCGGCCACGGUGACGAGUGUGACGUGCCGCCCGCGCCUACUGUACAGACCGUCGACCCCGCCACCACAGCCGUGUCGUGCCGAGGCCGCUGUGAUGAGCGCAGGGAUCCGGCGCGGUUCUGCGGCUGCACCAACGACUGCCUGCUGGACAACAACUGCUGCCGAGACUACUUCAGCGUCUGUAACGAGGACGAAAUCGUGGCGAAUGACAACUCGACAACGGAGACCGUUUCCACGGUGACGGCGUCGGCAGGUGCCAGCGGCGGGGCGACCACAUCCCCCCCGUCGACGGCUGCCGGCGUGGCACCGAGGGCGGGGGGCGCCGCUGGUGCUGGGGUCACGACCUCGCCCGCACCGGUCACCACAGACGCCACGGUGGCACCACAGACACCACGGCCGACGACGACCGCACGGCCAACGACUACAACUUCACGGCCCACGACGACAACACGGACAACGACGACGACAACGACGACAACGACGACAACGCCACACACAACCACAACACAAAGCACGACGACCACGCAAGCCGCAACAACACAAGCCACGACCACGCAGACUACGACUACAACACAAACCACGACCACCACGCCAACAACAACCACAACGCAAACCUCGACGACGCGCCGUGCGUCCACUGCAGCACCCACCACGCCGACAAGACCAACUUCAGCCCCGUCAACAGCGCAGACCUCACCGCCGGCGGCGCGGUCGACGACAGCGGCGCCGACGACACCGGAGAUCGCGCCGCAGCCCACCCUGCCGGCCGUAACCUCCCCCCCGCCCGCGGUCGCCCCCACCGCCGGUCCCACCACGACCAGCGGUGCGACCGGCGCCGUUCCCACCCCACCCUACGCCUCCGUCCAGCACUACGGACAUGUCGAACGAGCUGCCGGCUGCCGGGCGGCGGACCAGCCGAGCUCACCACGCCCGGAGCGCCGUCCAGCACCACGGACAUAUCCAACGAGCUGCCGCGUCCCCGCCUCCGCCGAGCUCGACGACUUCAACAUCGAGGACGCCAGCGAGACGGCGCAGCUCACCGCCGGCUAG